CAGUGGAACGUCUGUUACGUAACGUAAUUUGUUGCACUGUCAACACCGUUUGUACUUGCAAGGUAUGGUGGCUCGGCGAGAUUUCGAGCUCUCCAACGUAGUCACAAGGAAAACGAAGUAGCUUUGUAUUUCACAUCUCCACAUCACUUAUUCAUCUCCACAUCACUUAUUAUUAGACAGCUGCUUUCGUUUUAAAGCCUGUAACAGUGCAUGCCAAUAUCUUAUGGUCCAUUCGCGUUGUGGCUGCUGGCUGGCUUGUUAUUUCAUAACCUGAUAAACCUAGCCAGUCCUGUUGUUUAGUUUGACAUUUUGAGUCGUUACUUCAUUGCUGCCCACAUUGUCUAAUUCACUUCAUUCUUAUCACAUAGAAACGUCUGGCCAAGGUGCAUUGGGAAAGGAUAGCCAGAUAGCUUGUUAACAAUGGCAACCAUGCGUCGUCCAAGGUACUCUCUCCGAGACUCUCUGUACUGGGAUGAGACUGAGUGCCUGACGUACUAUGGGAUGCUCUCUCUACACGAGAUGUUUGAAGUUGUCGGUUCUCAACUGACAGAGACAGACGUUGAGGUGCUGUCAUUCCUCUUGGAUGAGACCUAUCCGGCUGGAGGGCACCCCUUGGACCCAGCUGGCUGGACCAGCGAGCCCGGUGAGGAAGACCCUGAGGCCAGUAAAGGAGUCUCCCCCAGCCCAGUGCUCCUGGAGGCCUGGCGGCGGUUACAGCCMAAGGGUCCUGCCUUGGCCUGCCCUACUGCUGCCCGCCACAAGCCCAAGAGUGGUCUAGAACUGCUGCUGGAGCUGGAGAGACGUGGGUACCUCAGUGAGGGUAACCUGGAGCCCCUGUUGCAGCUGCUGCGAGUCYUGACRCGRCAYGACCUCCUGCCUUUGGUGUCCCGCAARAAAAGGAGGACAGUAUCACCAGAACGUUUCAGAGUGGACUACGGGACAGAGGACAGAAGACAGGUUUGCACAUCUGGAYUGACUGACCCCUGUGCACAGACAGAAUCACAUGAYGAACACRCCACACAGCAAUGGAGGGGGGGUGUUGACUCUGCCAGGCCAACGCCCGCCCCCCUACGGAAGAAGAGGGGUAAAGGCCGCCGCUGGACCAGCAAGCCCACCGCCCACAGGAGAAGAGCGGGCAUCCCCGAAACGCCUCCCCCACCUAUACCUGAGAAAGUGACCUGCGACAUUCGUCUGCGUGUGCGAGCAGAAUACUGGGAGCAUGAGUCGGCUCUGCGCGGCGGCGUCUCCUCGGACAAGCAGCAGCCCCUGGAGCGGCAGUUUGAGCUGUUCAGUCGUGCCACCUCCGUGCUGCGCGCCCGCGACCUGGGCUCCAUCAUCUGCGACAUCAAGUUCUCAGAGCUGGACAACCUGGAGGCCUUCUGGGGGGACUAUCUGAGUGGAGCGCUGCUAGAGGCCCUGAAGGGGGUGUUCAUCACAGACUCUCUGCGGAGGGCGGCGGGGAGAGAGGGGGUUCGGCUGCUGAUCAGUGUGGACCAGGAUGACUACGAGGAGGGUCGCAGACUGCUGCUGGAUGCACAGGAACAACAGGCCGGCUGCUGGGGACGAAACAGGUCAUGAGCCCAAGGAUAGAGGAAUGAAAAGGAGAAUAAAAUAUGAAAAGGAACAUUUUUAUUUUUUUUCUCCUUUUUAAGUCUCUCAUGCUGAGAACAGAGAAUACAGCCACUCCUAGGUCAGGGGAAUAGUCCCCAGGGAAAACAGCCAAACUUGAAGUGAAGGCAAACUGGACUAAAAGACUUGACACGCUGUUCUGUUUGGAAUUGAUAACACAAGUUGCGCUGAGCCUAGAUGCCCUCAGGGCACUGAGGAAGAGACUGCCUUUGUUACACACACACACACAUACAUACAUACAUACACAGAGACAAACUAAACUUCCACUGUAACACACACACAAACUACCACUGUAUCAAACAUACACGCUCUGUAAAAUCAUCCACAUGAUGAACCAUCAGCGCUGCCUGUAAGACUCAUUGAAGCCUAGAGACAUUUCUUGCUAACAGUGACAGCCCAGAUACCAACUAGACUGUGCGCUAAUGCUGAGAAUUUCUGGUUAUGUUUGAGGAGCGUGUGAGAUGCCCUGCAAGGCGAAAUUCACCCAUCUAAAUAUUAGUUUGCGUUUCCAUUGAAAUGUAUGAUUUUGAAAAGAUGAGCGAGACUGCAGCUCUCAGACACUGAGGGAGAGAUGAUGGGGAAAUGAGAUUAUGUUUUGACCUUUUGGGAGAGAAUUAGAAAUAGAUGUCGAAGUGAAGACUACCUGAGGACAGUGUAGUGGACAAAUCGCUGGUCCUUCGAGAACUCCAGUCCACACACACACACACACACACACACACACACACACACACACACACACACACACCAUGAUCACAAGCCACUGGUAGUCCCAUCACUGUGCCAUGCUAACCCAGGGCCUGAUAGCUGUGGUCAGUGGCCAUCUCAUCUCAGAUGCCAGGAGAUGAUGGGAGUGAUUACCUCUCAACCUCAGCCAACCAUGGAGAACUCAUCACAUCACCACAAGUUGUUGAACAGCAGCUGGGAUAACACACACUAGGCUGUKCUCACCCCGGCUUCCAGCAAGGCCACUGCCUUUCCCAUUGGAACUGGAGCACAGGACAGUGCUUCAGUCAAUAAAACUGAUGUGGAGGAGAUCAAAAUCAGAAGGAUACAUCCUAGUUCCACUCAGCCCUGCCUUGUAGGCCCCACUAGUGGCUCACAGAGCGCUGUCUGUCUCUAGUCUAGUCACCCUGGUGGAACUAAUGCCUGAACUCCUCUGAGUGGGAUCAAUAACCCCUUCUGUCUCUCCACCGCCACCAUGGGAGGAGAAGGAGUAAGGGGAAAGAGAGGAGAGGUAGGAGAAGGGGGAAGAGGGAGAGGGGGGAAGGAUCCCCACCUCCAUCCCGCCUUUCAGCUCCUGGACAGCCGCCUCAUCCUCUGCAGGAUAAGUCUCCUGAUGCAACCAGGCUGCCUGGUCUGCUACAGCACUGUGUCUGGUUCACACAGCCCUAUGUGACCAGGGAUGGAGGCACUCAGGAAAACCUUAGUAGUGUUUUGCUUUUUCUGUGUUUUGGGAUAUGGAUUCGUUAGUGUAGCUUUGUAUUGUUCAUAAGAGAAAAUAACAAAAAUACUGUGUGUUCUAGUUCAUUAACUUAGGGUGAACUUUUGUUUAAGUAGCUGGAUAUUUUAUUUAGGCACUGCAAAAGUGCUGUAUAUUAGUUUAAUAUAUUAGUGGAAAGUUGGAAUUAUUUCAAAUAAAAAUAAAUGAUUUAUCAAAGGUU